AUGGUACAGCGGCUGGAGCGUCUGAGGCGGUUGACCUCGGCCCGAGGCCGCUGCGAAUGCUCCAUUUGCGGCCGCCAGUUCGAGUCCGGCUCCAGCCUGCCGGGUAGCAACGGAGCCGGCGGUGCCGAGGCCGGUGAGGCGUCGAGUCGGGCUCGGCCACGAGUGUCCGUGUGCCGAGAUUGCGGACGCACCGUCUGUGCCAACUGUUGCUUCCGGCUCAGUCUCCUGUCCGGCUCCGUGUCGUCGUCCGACUCGGCCGGACUCAGACGCACCGACAGCGCGGCUUCGCAGAUCGAGUCGCUUGAUCCGCCCAACGGACUGACCGGACGUUGGCUCGUCGCUACGCCGUCCAGCUCCACUCGCCUCGGCGCAUUGACGCAGAAACGGCGCUUCUUCUUCACUCUUCGGCCGUCGCAAGAGGCGACCGUCGAGACGUCCGAGACGACUGCGACCCCCACACGCCACAGAACCACCAGCGAGGCCGGUGCGUCUCGACGCUCUUCAGGCACCGCAUACUCGCUGGCCGGACUGGCGAUGAAUUUGGGCGCCGGCGUCAUGAGUCGCCUCUCCUCGGCCUCGGCCUCGGCCUCUCCAACUCGACCAGCCCCCGACGCCUCGGCUCCGUGGAGUCCGGCCGAGGAACAGAUCGCCCCGGCGACCGCUUUGCAAGGUCACUCGGGCGAUGGCGAGGCGCCUAGCGACGGAGACGACGCACCCGGUGACAGAGGUCUGAUUGUGCUCUGUCGCCUUUGCUGCGAGGCCCAAGAGGCGAGUCCACACUCCCAACCUCUUGGGAAUUCAACUUUGUUUGCAUCAACAACUUUGACAUCUAAAGUCGUUUGA